ACGGACACUGACUUGGCCAAUCGUUUGCGCAUGCGCAGUGUGGUUUUGCGCGGCCAGCCUGAAUGCUCUCGUCAGUCUUGGAGAAGCUGCGGGAAAUAUGGCGAGCUAUAUACAGCGCUUUUUACUAUGUACCCGCGCGACAUGUGCUUGGAAGAUUGUUACUUGAUAGUGCUGAAUAUUAGGCCAAAUAAGACCACUGUCUAUAUUUCAUACAUUUGUGUGUUUUUGUGUCUUGUCAGCUAGCAUGCUAACCCAUGACUAGCUCCGUCAGUUUGCUACGUAGCGGCGGAUUUGAUGAGCUGUGCGGUAACUGAAACAGCAGCCAAGAAGCACCGGGUUUCAGCUGUGGAGUGUUGUGUUUGAACAGUUUGACAACAUGGCUGGUGGCAUUACAGAGACAGGAGAGCCAUACUCACCUUUUGUUGGCUUGGUCUACAUGUUCAACAUAAUCGUGGGCACUGGUGCUCUGACCAUGCCCCGAGCCUUCGCCACGGCAGGUUGGGUUGUCAGCCUGGCACUCAUCUCAUUUUUGGCUUUCAUGAGUUACAUGACCACUACGUUUGUGAUCGAGGCCAUGGCUGCAGCUAACGCCCAGCUACGCUGGAAGAGGAGAGAGCAGGAAGAGGUCAACAGCAGUGACUCUAGUAUAUCUGACGACUCGGACGACGAGGUCACCUGCAGGGGGCGCUCAGAUCCAGUGGAGACUCGACCAAUUCUCUCCAUUCAGCGUGUAGGGUCAGUGGAUCACUUUGAUAUUGUGGAGAGAGUUGAGAUGGGACAAAUGGCCUCCAUGUUUUUCAAUAAAGUUGGCGUUAAUAUGUUCUACAUCUGCAUCAUCGUAUACCUGUAUGGAGACUUGGCCAUCUAUGCCGCUGCUGUGCCCGUGUCCUUGAUGGAAGUGGCCUGUGGCAAUCACUCCUGCAGUACUGGGAGUAUAAAAUACAACGACACGGAGUCAUGCUGGGGGCCAGUGAGACGGAAAGAUGCCUACAGAGUCUUUCUCGCAAUCUUCACAGUAUUUCUGGGACCUUUCACAUUCUUCAAUGCACAGAAGACCAAAUAUCUUCAGAUCCUCACUUCACUAAUGAGAUGGAUUGCUUUCACCAUGAUGAUAAUCCUGGCGCUGAUCCGCAUCUCAAAGGGCCACGGUGAGGGCCAUCCUCAGGUGGCGCAGCUCAGCGGAGUUCCCAACCUCUUUGGCGUGUGCGUGUACUCCUUCAUGUGCCAGCACUCGCUGCCCUCGCUGAUAACACCCAUCUCAGACAAACGGCGGGUGACUGCACUGCUAACGGUGGACUACGUGCUCAUCCUGGCCUUCUACAGUCUGCUUUCCUUUACAGCCAUCUUCUGCUUCGACAGCUCGCUGCUGCGAGACAUGUACACUCUCAACUUCAGCGAUAACUGCGACGUGCUGGGUGUGGCCGCCCUCCGCUACUUUUUAGGACUAUUCCCUGUCUUCACCCUCAGCACGAACUUCCCUAUAAUUGCAGUAACGCUGCGCAACAACUGGAAGACACUCUUCCAUCGAGAUGGAGGCACCUACCCAUGGGUAGUGGACCGCAUCGUGUUUCCCUUGAUUACCUUGGUGCCACCCAUUGUGGUAGCUUUUUGUACUCAUGAUCUAGAGUCUCUUGUGGGCAUCACUGGUGCAUACGCAGGCACAGGCAUUCAGUACAUCAUUCCUGCUGCCCUCGUGUUCUUUAGUCGGCGCCACCUAGAGCCUGUGUUUGGAAGGGAUGUGCAGAAUAAGCACCGGUCUCCAUUCCGCCACACAUUCUGGGUCGUGUUUGUGGUGAUCUGGGCUACUUCCUGUCUGAUGUUUGUCACAGCUAAUAUCAUUCUGACAGCAGAAAACAAGAACUAAGCAAGCGUUUGACAUUUUAUCAGUGUUUUCAGUAUAUAUUUUUUCUUUUAUACUGUAAUUAAAGCCAUACAGGUUUUUACAGGAUUAAUCACUAUUUUACACAGUAAGAAGCAACUGGUUUCUGUUUAACUUGGUUGAAUAUGGAAAGGGAGGUUUUAAGAUUGGGUUUAAUUCAAUGUAAGAAUGAAUACUUUUGUUGACUAGUCUGUGAGAGGACUUUUUAAAGUCCUUUUGGACUGUAGGUUCGUUUGAGCUUUGAUCUGCUUAAGACACUCAUUAAGUGGCAGUUCCAUUUUCAGCUUUUACAAAUCUCAGUCAGGUUUCUGACAUCAACACUAUUUUAUUAUUACUUUUCCCCCGUUCAUAUUUAAUAUUUUGUUCCUUGUGAGACCAUUUUAGUCUUCUUUGGUCACAAUUACAAACAAAAUGUUAAUUAUAAUGGUCAGGUGUGAAAAAAAAUAAUAAUGCUAAUCCUGAGAGUUGGGGUCUCUCUCUUUUUUUAUUUAUUUUUUUUUUGUUUGUUCCGCCCCAUUCCUUUUUUUUUUUUUUUUAAACCAAAACGAAACAGCCACAUGCACCUUAGCGUGGGCCGAGAGCUGUGGCAGGAGCAAAGCAAAUCAGGGAUAAUUAGUCUUUCAUGGCUGGCAUUUUCAGCAAUCCUACCUUGUGUGUCCUCAGCGGUGAAUCAUGAUUUGAGUUCUGCAGCAUGGCUGAAGGAUUUACAGAGAGCUGCAGUUUAGUCUAGACUCCUAAAGCAGACUGCAGAGGCAGUGAGACGCUUCCACGCUCGCUUCGUGUUUAUUUACUCUAAACUCAACCUGGGGUUCCUGAUUGGAGCCUGUGUGUUUGGGUUCGAGCAUGUGUAGAGGAUGUGCAUAGAGGACUGGGAAAGCUGUCUGCACCUUAUGUCUCCAAUUUUACUGUGUGGCUUAAGAGUUGUGUCAAUUUAUCGUUGUACCGCUUGCUUGAAUACACAGCAAAUCUAAAUGUGUAGAUGACAUCUUUUAAUCCUGCCUUGAACAAAUUUUGUCUUUAUCGUCUUUUUUGUCGUUAUCAAAUUUCUUAUUCGUCCAUAUUCGCUACUCGUCAAAUGUUUGGGGAUGUCUUGUUUUUGUUUUUUCUCUUGAGCAAUGUUUGAUUUUCAGCUAUCCUGAAACCCACCUCAGAACUGCAUAAGAGAUAGUUGGAGAGGAAAGAGGCUUCAAUCAGGCUUCUCUGAGAGAAGUUGGAUCAAAAGGUUUGAGAGAUGCAUGCAGUCAGCACUACAGACCUCCGGACUAUACUGAAAGAGGCACAGCAGCGCAUUCCUUUAAAUGAAAUGGUUAAUCCUUACAUUUUGAAGUCAUUCCAACCCCUAAACUUUUGAUGGGCAGUGGAGGUGGUACCUCAGGAUUCCAUCAGUUACUGAGCUUGUGUGCAAUUACGUGUCGUAGCUGUUAACACAUCACCAUCUUAUUACAGUUCUCAUUAACUUUCCUUCCUUCCUUCGACAGCGCUCGAUGGACUGAUCAUAGGGGUCAUGUUUGGACCUGUAAAAUGACUGCUGCUCUCUGUGAGAGUGCUCUCCUGCUCAAAGAAAAAGGCAAAGCAGCAUCAAAAGCAUGCUUCGGGUGUUAGACCCGUUGCCUUGAGCUCGUAUUAAUUCAGCUGAAGAUGAUUUUUGAAAUUGUCCCCUGCACAGUUCGGUUUCUAUUAUGAAAAGAAGCCGGGACAGACAGGUGUUUUAAUAUCGCCGUCCUGAUAGUGGACUUUCAGGUCAAUCUUUGGAGUGCAAUAAAAAGGGAUUGCAGCUUAUAACUCAAACGUUCACAUCUAAGUUAACAAGUGAAGUUCAUUAACAGAUACGUGAUGAUUAAUGCAAAGCAUAUAAAGGAUUGAAGUGAAUAAAAAUGUGCCUUUCUCCCAGGGUUUUUAUCCUCUCUUUCAAGGGAUUAUAUUUGUCUUUGUGUCCUAUAAAACCUGUCUGAUAAAAUGCAUGUAAACUAAUUAAUGUAAUAGACAAUCGGUGUCUCUUCUAAAUAAACUUCUAAAUCCCUUCUUUCGAAA